AUGUUAGAAAAAGAUUAGUUCAUAUAAGUAACACUUUUGCUAAUUGUUAUUGUUUCAUAUUUAGGUCAUAAAAUACAUGGGGAAUAACAAAAUUAAUUAAAAAAAUUAAUUCAAAAAGUCGCCCAAUCAUGUUCGUAAGAUUAUGAUGAUGUGAUUACAUAAAUUUCUGAAAAUAUUUAGGGUUUCUUUUAAGACAAAGUACCUCCACUCCUACCACAAUAAUAAAAAUAAAAAGAAAAAAAAAGCUAAAGUAAUUUUAUCAUUCGCCAUUACGAAAAAUUUUUUAUUGCAUAAUAUUCUAAUUAAACCAACCUUAAAAGCGAGAAUAGUGUUUAAAUUAAAUGCUAAACUAAUGAGAUCUUAUAUGCAAAAAAAUUCAUUGACAAUAAUUCUGACUCUUUUACAGGAGAGGGUUUUUAAUACAAGGUGACUUAUGAUAAUAACUUAAAUCCAAAUUAUGAAUUAUACGAAGGCUAAUUUUUAAAUGGAUUAAAACAUGGCAUAGGGAAAUUGUAUGGUUAGAAAUCUGAGAAUGUUUAUUAUGAAGGUGAAUGGAAGAAUGAUAAAAUGGUGUCUCAACGGAAAGAAAAAUUUUAAACAGAUUAGUUAGAAAGAUAAUCGCUAAUAAAGUUUAUUAUUAGAGAUGGUGAUUAGAUAGUUAGUUAGAAUAAAAGGCAGAUAGAGAAAAGGAAAAGAGUAGAUGAUUGGAUAAAAUAUAAUUAAUAGAUUUCUGAGCAUGAUAUAGAUAGAUUAUAGAGUAAAAGCAAAUGGUUCACAAGCUCAAUUAUAGACAGCUUUGCCUUAUAUCUAAAUAUAAAAAUGGAAGAGAAAUAUUUUUAAAUUGACCCUAAUGAAAGGAGAUAGGCUUUAAGAUAAGUGUUUAUUCCAAGUUAGAUUUUUACUUCAAUGUAGAAUGAAAAAAAAGAUGGUAAUCAGGAGAUAUUUCAAAAGCAUUUUCUUGAGUAUAAGAUAAUAGAAUACAAAAUAGAGAAAAUCUUUGAUAGAGUUAAUUUUAUUGUUAAUAGAAAUAACGCUCAUUGGUUUUUAAUAUAACUAAAUUUAAGAAAUUAUGAAAUGGUUGUUAUGGAUAGUCUUAAAAAUAAGCAUCAAUAUUACAACUUUGCAAAAGACAUUCUCAAUUAGAUAUUUGAUAAUAAAAUAAAGAGGAUAACUUUAUCAAAUUAAUGUCAUGUCUAAAAGAAUGGAAAUGAUUGUGGUCCAUAUACUUGUAUACACAUGUUAGAGAUAAGUGAGAUCUAAUCAAAAUUGCGAAAUCCAUCUGAGAUGAGGGAUUUUUUACUCUCAAAAUUAAAAUAAGAUUGA